AUGAAGUCUACAAAUGACAACAAUGGCAGCAAUAGUCAUAAUAACAACUGGUUGGGUUUCUCUCUCUCACCCUACAUGAAAAUGGAGGUUUCUUCAAACCCUCAUCAUCAGUACAAUCAUCAUCAUCAUCAACCUAAGCAAGUUCUUCCUUCUGGCUUCUCUCUCUCCCCUUCUUCACACCUCAACAGCUCUGCAAUGUGUUAUGGGGUUGGAGAAAAUGUUGGCUUUCACUCACCCUUGUCUGUAAUGCCUCUCAAGUCAGAUGGAUCUCUCUGUAUCAUGGAAGCUCUCAGUAGAUCACAACCACCACCACCACCACAAGGGAUGGUGCCAAACUCUUCCCCUAAACUUGAGGACUUUCUUGGUGGUGCAACAAUGGCAGCCCACCACCAAUACAGUACCAAUGAGAGAGAAGCAAUGGCUCUAAGCUUAGACAGCAUGUACUACCACCACCAAAAUGCUGAUCAACAAACCAAUAGACACCACUGGAGGAGCAGAGAGAAGAAGAAACCAGGGAGACCCAACUUGCAGACUGAUAAUACCCAAAUCACUGCUUGCCUGAAAAAUUGGAUUGUGGUGGAGGAUAGUGGUGGCGCGUGUGGGUCAGGUGGUGGUCCAGUGGGUGGUUGUGGGGAUUUACAGUCUCUGAGCUUGUCAAUGAGUCCUGGUUCUCAGUCAAGCUGUGUCACAGCUCCAACCCAGAUCUCACCUACUGGAACUGAGUCCACAGUCAUGGAAACCAAGAAGAGAGGGUCUGCAAAAGUUGCUCUGAAGCAACCUGUUCAUAGGAAGUCCAUUGACACAUUUGGGUGGAGAACCUCUCAGUAUAGAGGUGUUACAAGGUCUGUUCGUGCCUAUUUUUGUGAUUUAUUUCCAUUUCCUACUAGUUACGUUUUUGUGCUAAUGAUUGGCAUAUUAAGGAGUGGUCUCUUCGUCUUUCUAUUAUACAAUCAAAUGGCUAACACUGCUGCAGGUAUAUUGAAGGUGGAAGGGGAUUUUGCUGGUCCUGAUAUGGCCCCCUGUGGGGAUGAGAAUGAUGAUGUGCAUAGAUUGAAGUGA